UUUAAAAAAGAUUAAUACCAAUAUGAAAUUGGAUUGAAUUUAAAUUGAACUUCAAUGGAAGUACCAAUUCAAAUAGCGGUACGAAUUCGUCCAGAAUAUAAUGCAAGAGAUAUAGUAUGUUUACAAUCGAAUCCGUAUGUAAACCAAAUUAAUUUUGGCAAUCAACAAACAUUUCCCGUCACUUAUGCAUUACCAAAUGAUUGUACACAAAAUCAAGUAUUCGAUACUACCAUAUUCCCUUUGCUACAUUCAUUAUUGGAAGGAUGUGAUGUGUCUGUGGUUUCACUUGGCCAAGCUGGUACUGGCAAAACAUACACAUUAUUUGGACCUGGAUUACAUUGUGCGUUAAGUGAAAGUGAAUAUGGUGUUGUACCGAGAUCUGUACGUGAAAUAUUUAGUCGUUUAGCGUUACAUUCAGAUCGAAAUUUUAACAUAACUAUUGCAUGGACUCAAAUAUGUGGUGAAAAUAUUCAAGAUUUACUUGGAGCUGGCAACGUUCAAUGUUGUUCUGUAACCGAUGCAUUCCAAUGGUUACAAUUGGGAAUGAGUAAUCGAGCACCACAUCAUGCGCACACAUUAUUCACAAUUACUUUGGAACAACAAUGGAUUGGUACUGAUGGAUUACUUCAACAUCGAAUAUCCACAGCAAGUUUUGCUGAUCUAACAAGUUCAGAAAAAGUAUAUAUUGUAGGUAGAUUAGGUGAACCUCAAGCUAUACCCACAGACAGUGGUUUAUUAGCUUUAGAUCGUAUCGUGACUUCACUGGUGGAAGCAUGUAAUGGCUAUCAAACCUUUAUUCCGUAUAAUCAAUCAACUUUAACUACAUUACUAAAAGAUUCAUUUGGUGGUCGUGCCAAAACUUUAGUGAUUGCAUGCGUUUCAUCAUUAUUACAAGAUUAUCAGGAAACUUUGUACACGCUACAAUUUAUAUCACGCGUACAAAAUAUUCGAAAUUUUGUCACAACCAAUUCUUUUUCAAAUGUGACCACAGACGAUUAUAAUGAAAAUUAUACAAAUGAACAAGACAGCGUGGAACGGAGUACAAAUGCUGAUAUGUUUGGAUUGCAAUUUGCUGCAUCACAAUGGUUAAAAUUAGUAUCAAAUGCCGAAGAUUUAUUUAAUAAACUUGUAUCGAAUAAUGUUUUAUCCGAUCAAGAAAAAGAUCAAAUCUCAGAAUGGUUAUUUUUAAAACAAGAAUGCGAAGAAUGUUUAAGUAGCGAGGAAACAAUUAGUAUUGGUGUUACAGAACCUAGACGAUCGUUAGGUCGUAUUGAAGAGGAAACUGAAACGGAUCAUGAAAUGUCAACACCAACAAAUAUUGACACAGAUGAAGAAACUGAAACUGAUAUUGAUUUUAUUGAAAAAGCUGAUUUUAUUGAAAAAGUUGAUGAUUUCAUUGAAAAAUUUAAAAUACAAACUGAUCAAUUAAUUCAUGAUAAUUAUGAUAAUUAUUUUAAAUUUGAUGAACAUUUUAAAUAUACAAAUAUUGAAAUUAAUAAAAAAACAGAUGAAAAUCAUGGAAAUGAUAAUGGAAAUCAAUCACAAUCAUGUAGUCCAAGUUUUCAUUUACAAGGAGCUCGAGGUCGGCGUAAAAGUAUACAUCCUGGUCAUGAAUUAAUACCAGAAAAUAAUAUUGGUCAAUUUAGUAUUGAAACGAAAGAGUUUGCCGAAAUACGAAGUAGCCCUGAAGUAGAAGAAAAACAAAUUGAAAAUGAAAUAUUAAAAACAUGUGGUGGUGAUCCUGUACAAAAAAUGAAAGCAUUAUCGUUAAAUACUGAAACAAAACAAAAUCGUAUUCGACAAGUAUUGGCUGAUUUAGAAGGUGUACAAAAACAAAUCGAGGAAUUAGAGUAUACAAUACAAAUCAAAGAACAAUUAAUACAAGAUAUGAUAAAAAAUAGUGAGACACGGAUGUGUGCUAAGCAAAAAUUUCAAAAGAAACGUUCGAAAUUAGAAGAAGAAUAUUAUAAAGCACGAACCGAACUAGCACAAGCUGAAAGUCAACUAUUACAUUGUCAAAACUCAAAUGAAAAAAGUGAGAUACGUAACAAAAUUGAAAAGUAUCGAAAUUUAGCGAUGUUUUAUGAGAAACGAUUAAAAGAUAUCGAGAGUGUUAAACAGAUACCAGAAGAAAGUGCACGAAAAGUAUUAGAAUUAGAAAAUAGUUUACACACAUCAAAAAAACAAAUGGAACGCUUACAAAAACAAUUACGUAAAGAGGAAAAGAGAAAAGCAUGUUUAGAAUUAGAAUUAAUAUCGGAUAAAGAGAAAAUCGCUGAAUUAGAGCAACAAACUAAUACUAACAAGGUACAAGAUGAAGAACAUCGUAGUCUUCGUGAAGUUAGUGCUCGUAUAUCACAUUUAGAUCAAGUAUUAAAAGAAAAAUCAAAUGAUUUAGAACGAGCUGCGGAUGUUGAUGAAAAAGAAUCAUUACGACAUGAAAUUAGAAAUUUACGUCGAACACGUGAUUGUUUAGUUGAGCAACGUUGUCAUUUAGAUAGAAAAUUACAAAAAGAGAAAAUGUUAACCGAUGUUGAAGAACGUAAAUUAUUAGAAUGUGAAGAAGCGAUUGAAGCCAUCGAUGCAGCUAUUGAAUAUAAGAAUGAAUUGAUUUGUGGAAGAAAAGAGAUGGAUGUUGAACGCGUUGAACGUGAAAAAGGUGAGGAAAUGUUAAUGCAAAGACUGAUGAAAUUAUCUGAAAAUGAAAUGCGUACAUUAUUAUAUAAAUAUUUUCAAAAAGUCAUCGAUUUACGUGAUAGCAGCAAGAAAUUAGAAAUGCAAGUGAUACAAUUAGAACGUGAAUGUGAAACAAGUACCUGGCGUGUACAAGCAUUAAGUCAUGCAUUACAACAAGUACGUUUGGAAGGUGAACGACGCAUUGUACUUUUACAACGGCAGCACGAAGAUAAACUCAAUUUAAUGUUACGUCAUUUUGCUGAAGAAACUAGUACAAGUUCUAGUACAGAGCGUAAAGGUGAUAAAAUGUUAGCAAGAGCCAUAGAACGUAAUAAACCGUAUUUAGAAAAUGAUCGUGAAAUUACAAACACAUGUAACAUUCCAAAUUCGAGUAAUAAAAAUAUCGAUCAAACGUUGACACGAUACAAGCACAAUAAUCGUGAAGAACGUGUUAUUGCUAAAUAUCGUGAGGAGGGACGAGAGAAAAAUCGUUUUAUAGCACGCUUCCAAGAGCUUACAAGAUAUCAUACAGAGAAACGACGUAUUCAACCGGAAUCAACAAUACCAUCACAAAAUUUAAAACAAUUACAACCUUCUAGUGUUCAACCGCCAACAAAAGUCACUAGACAAAAGAAUAAGUUAAUUAUUCAACAGGGUAAACCGAAGAAGUAUACUAAAAAUUAAUGGUCAAGCUCAAUAACUGUUAUUACUUCUAUAUCCCGUCAGCACUUCCGCUAAUCAUAUGUUGUAAGUAAUUUUUUUAUGAUUUAUUUGUAUUAUAAUUUUCAUUGAAAGCGUUCUUAACAAUUUACAGUAUAAUUAAUGAAUAUGAUUAUUUUGAAUUUUGUUCUAAAGUUAUUCACGCGAAAUAUUUGACGUAUGUGUAGAACGCCUGAGAAAAUCUCUCAACACGAGACUAAAGAUUACCGAACGGCUGUUGGGAGUGCUGACGGGAUAUAGUGGCGGUAUGAGUUUAUGAAUUUUUGAUUUGUUUUGAUAGUACCGUAGUUUUUAACGUUUUCCAAAGGGAAAUUUAUUGGCAGUAUAAUUUUUUAGACUCAAAUUUGUGCCAAAUGACUCAAAAACCCAAAAAUAAAAAUACAUAAACAAAAAUGUCUUGUACGAUAUUUCCAAUUCAAUGUCAAAGUCAUCAAUUUUUCAUGUUUAUAUUAUUUCUAUUUCCUUUUCGAUCAACGUUCAAUUUCCGUUUCGAGUAAGACGAAUUGUAAAAACUCAUAGCUUCAACGGGUGUCACUACC